UAUAUCCAUUUAUUUAUUAGCGUUAUCCCCCCCCCCGUGACGAAAGUGCGGCGGCGGCGGCGCGGGGGCCGUUGCGGCGGCGGCGGCGGCUCCGCUCGGUGCCGCUCCCGGUGCCGGGGCCUCCCUCGUUACCGGGGCGGCCCCCGGGGGCUCCGGGCGAUGCCCUGAGGCUCCUCCCGGAGCUCCGCCAUGGACGAGGCCGAGCCCGCAGCGGGGGACGCGGCCCCGGAGGCCGCUGAGGCCUCGCCCGGGGGCGGCCGGGGCAGGCCCGGGGCCAAACGCGUCACGUUCCCCUCAGACGAGGACAUCGUGUCCGGGGCCGUGGAGCCCAAGGACCCCUGGAGACACGCCCAGAAUGUGACUGUGGAUGAGAUCCUGGCCGCUUACCGCCAGGCCUGCCAGAAGCUCAACUGCCGCCAGAUUCCCAAACUCCUCAAGCAGAUCCAGGAAUUUAAGGAUCUGGCUCCCAGGAUCGACUGCUUGGAUCUCAAGGGGGAAAAGUUGGAUUAUCGCUCCUGCGAGGCCAUGGAGGAAAUCUUCAAACGCCUCCAGUUCCGGCUCCUCGACCUGGAGCAGACCAGCCUGGACGAGGACGGCGCCUCGGCGCUCUUCGACAUGAUCGAGUAUUACGAGUCGGCCACGCACCUCAACAUCGGCUCCAACAAACACCUGGGGCCCCGCGGCUGGCAGGCGGCUGCACACAUGAUGAGGAAGACCAGCUGCCUGCAGUACCUGGACGCCCGGGGGACGCCGCUGCUGGAGGCGUCGGCGCCGUUCGUGGCUCGGGCUCUGCGCAUCAGCAGCAGCCUCGUGGUUCUGCACCUGGAGAACGCCGGCCUGGCCGGGAGGCCCCUCAUGCUGCUGGCGGCAGCCCUGCGGUUGAACGUGACUCUCCGUGAGCUGUACCUGGCCGAUAACAAACUCUCGGCUCCCGGGGACGCGGCGCAGCUCGGGAACCUCCUGAGAGCCAACGGAUCCCUGCGGACGCUGGACCUGCGCAACAACCACAUCCUGGAUAGUGGCCUGGCGUUCCUGUGCGAGGGCCUGCGGGAGCAGCGCCGGGGGCUGCAGACUUUGGUGCUCUGGAACAACCAACUGAGCCACGCCGGGAUGGCUUUCCUGGGAAUGAGCCUGCCGCACACGCAGAGCCUGGAGACGCUGAACCUGGGUCACAAUCCCAUCGGGAACGAGGGCGUGCGGAACCUGAAGAACGGAUUGAUCGGGAAUCGCUCCGUGCUGCGCCUCGGCCUGGCCUGCACCAAGCUCACCUGCGAGGGGGCGGUGGCCGUGGCCGAGUUCGUGGCCGAGAGUUCGCGGCUGCUGCGCCUGGACCUGCGCGAGAACGACAUCAAGACGGGGGGGCUGAUGGCGCUGUCGCUCGCGCUGCGCGUCAACCACUCCCUGCUGCGCCUCGACCUCGACCGCGAGCCCAAGAAGGAGGCGGUGAAAAGUUUCCUGGAGACGCAGAAGGCGCUGCUGGCCGAGAUCCAGAACGGCUGCAAGCGGAAUUUCGUCCUGGCCCGGGAGAAGGAGGAGAAGGAGCAGCAGCUCCGGCACUCGGCCUCCAUGCCGGAGAUUUCCGGGAACGAGGAUCCCGAGGACGAUCCCGGAAUUCCCGGAGGAGCCUCCCCGGAGGAGAACGGGAACGCGGCUCCGGGCGGAGAUUCCAGCUCGGACACGGAGGAGGAGGAGGAGGAGGAGGAGGAGGGGAAGGACUCGAGGGAGGUGCUGGAAUCCUGUGGGAAUUCCGGGAAUUCCGGGAACGCCGAGCGCAGGAUUUCCGUCUCCAGCCCCGGCAGAGGGAGGAAGAUUUUCGUGGUGACGCGCGUGGAAAACGUUCCCGAGGGAUCCAGGGCCGUUCCUGAGGGAUCUGGAGCCGUUCCUGAGGGAUCCGGAGCCGUUCCCGAGGGAUCCGGAGCCGUUCCUGAGGGAUCUGGGAUCGUUCCCGAGGGAUCUGGGAUCGUUCCCGAGGGAUCUGGGGCCAUUCCCAAGGGAUCCGGAGCCGUUCCCGAGGGAUCUGGGAUCAUUCCCGAGGGAUCUGGGAUCGUUCCCGAGGGAUCUGGGGCCAUUCCCGAGGGAUCUGGGAUCGUUCCUGAUGGAUCCGGGAUCGUUCCUGAGGAAUCCAAGACUGUUCCUGAAGGAUCCGGGGCCAUUCCCGAGGGAUCUGGAGAUGCUCCCGAGGGAUCUGAGACUGUUCCCAAGGGAUCCGGGAUCGUUCCCGAUGGGUCUGGGACAAUUUCUGAUGGAUCUGGCACCGUUCCCGAUGGAUCUGGGGUUGUUCCCGAUGGAUCCGGAUCCAUUCCUGACGGAUCCAGCGCUGUUCCAAACGGAUCCGGAGCCGUUCCCGACGAAUCCGGGGUCGUUCCCGACGAAUCCGGCGCCGUUCCCGAUGGAUCUGGAGCCGUUCCUGACGGACUUGGGGCCGUUCCUGAAGGAUUUGGGGCCAUUCCCGGGGGAUCCGGAUCCAUUCCCAACAGAUCCGGAGCCGUUCCCGACGGAUCCAGCACCGUUCCCGAUGGAUUUGGGGCCGCUCCCGACGGAUCCAGCACCGUUCCCGAUGGAUUUGGGGCUGCUCCCGACGGAUCCAGCACCGUUCCCGAUGGAUCCAGCGCCGUUCCGGAUGGAUCUGGAGCCGUUCCCGACGGAUCUGGGGCCGUUCCCGAUGGAUCUGGGGCCGUUCCCGAUGGAUUUGGGGCCGUUCCGGACGGAUCCGUGGCCGUUCCCGAGCCCCCGCGCGCGGCUCCGGCCCCAAUUCCCGAACUGUCGCGGGCGGGCGGAUCCGCGGGAAUUCCCUGCGGGAGCCCUUCCCGGGAUUCGCCGCUUCCCAACGGGCUCAAGGCGGAUUUUGCCCGGGCGCUGCCGGAGCCGGGCCCGGAGGGCGACGGGAAAUCGGGAAUGGGCGAACACGAGCUGAGCUGCUCCCGGAACGAGCAGGAGCUGCAGGAGCUGCUCCUCGAGGCCAGCCUGGACACGGCUCCGGAGCCGCUCUGAGCGCAGGUUCUGGAAAAGGGGGAGGCUCCGGAGCUUUUCCUCUCUUCCCGCUUCCGCACAAGAUUCCAACCAAACUUCGGGAUUUUUCGGGAUUUUUCUUGGAAAAGAAAAACGGACGGAAAACACAAAACACAAAAAAACGGAAAUGAACCAAAACAAACGGAUUUUUCCCGGUUUUUUUUUUCCCGAUUUUUUUUUUUUUUUUUCCCGCCUCCGAGGGGCCGGGAUCGGGGCUCGGCCUUCCGGGGAAUUCCCGGAGCGAUUCCCGGCGGGAUCCGGCAACACUACAGGGAACCGGGAAGGGCCGGAGCGGCGGCAGUUUGGGAAUUCCAUCCCUAAAAAAACAAAACAGAAAUCCCGGGAUCGGCUGCUCCCGCGGCCUCCGCGCUUUAUUUAUUCCCCAUUUCCCUUUCCGGCCCUUUCCGUUUCUUUGGGAAUUUUUUUCCCGGUUUUUUCCAUCCCCCUUUAUUUUUUGUUUUUUGGUUUUUUUUCCUGGUUUUUGUUGUUGUUGUUGUUGUUGUUGUUGUUUUCCCGUCUUUAUUUAUCGCCAGCCGCAGAAUUCCCGGGAAAAAAAAUCGGGAGACGCAGAAUUCCUGGGAUAAAAAACCCAAGGGACGCAGAAUUCCCGGGAAAAAAAAAACCAGGAGACCCAGAAUUCCUGGGAAAAAAAAAUCGGGAGACGCAGAAUUCCCGGGAUAAAAAACCCAGGAGCCGCAGAAUUCCCGGGAAAAAACGCAGGAGGGAAAAAGGGGAGAGGGAGGGGCCGGAAUUCCUCGCUCAUCCCAAAUUUCCAGAGCGACAGAGAAGGGGAAAAAAAAUCCGGGAUGCGGAAAAGAAAAAUCCGGGAUGCG